UUACCUGCCAGGUGUUUCGGUCUGUUUAGCCACAAAAAUGGCGCCGGGAAUGAAAUCCGUCCCACUUUGUUUUUGGCAAAUUAAAAACAAAUCCUAGACUUUAAAUGGUUUCUCAGAUGAGACAUUCAUUGGCCCACAUCAUACCCCGUAUUAUUAAAAUACCUCCUAAAAAGCGAAUAUGUGUGAUGUUGCUUUGCAUCUCACAAAUCUCUGUUUCCACAAUCAUUCCAUCUGGAAUGUUCAAGAUGCAGUGUCACGACCGCCAUUUCUGGCUUAAUGUUCAGUCGCAGUUUCUUGGCCAAACGACUCGCUUAGGCUUUGAAGACAGCAGUGGUGUUCACUACCUGUCUAUAAAGCGAGCCGCUGAGUGCGGGUACAGCAUCGUGUUCAGUGCCGCUGGAGACCUGGUCUUGCGAGCCUCCUUCCUGGCCUGCCAUGUGAACAGUAAACUGGGCCAGAAGGGUGCAGAAUUCUGGCUGCGUGUCCGUGUUGUGAAUGAAGAUGUUGACAGCAAGGAGGUAGUCUACCCCCUGCUCCUUUCCUGCCCUCUCUUCCAGGCUUGGAGCCCCCGGGAAGUGGUCUGUGAGGAGGGUUACAUGGAGGUUUCUGUAACAAGGUGGCUCCCCCAUAACAAUCACUUAAAUAGGGAGAAGGAUGUCAGACCUCCUGAGGAGGACGGGCUUAGCCAGUGGCAGGUGGCAUUCCAUGUCCCACACCAGACUUUGGCAGAAGGCAUGUCUGUGAAGGAGGCCCAUCUCCAGGGCUACCACAUCAAUGCCAGGGGUGACCGCCUUGUGAUGCACUGUCUCUACUCCUCCCCACUGUCCUAUGUGCUCCAGGACCAUGGGAUUGAGGUGGAGGCUGUUAGUGCCACGGUCUUCUACCAGCAUCAGAAAAUCCCCCUUCUAGCCAACCUCUCCGUGGCCUGCCCUCUGAGCAGAGCAAUGGUGGAUGGAGAGCAUCUAUCCUGGAUGUUCCCCCAGAUCCUGAGCCCUCUGGUGCAGGGCUGGUUCAGGGACAAGGGCGUGAGGAUGGGGGUGGACGGGAGUCUCCUCAGUGAGUGUCAGAUCCUAGAGCGCGGCUAUGAAAUCGGGUUGCGGGAACAUCUUGUGGAGAUCCGGAUUCCUUUUGGAGCAAAAGGUGGAUUCAUUAAGAGCAACGUUGUUGACCAGAGCUACUUGCAGUCCUUCUCUGUGGACUUGUACUUCAUUCACCAGUGGGAGGAAGGCCAUUGGGGGGUGACCCAACAUCGCUCCUUCAGAUCCUUGAACACCACAUACAUUCCUGGAAGGCUCAUUCUCAUCAACAACACCAUUCCGGGACAGGGAAUAUUUUCGGUGACCUUUGGAGUGUUCUCUCCAGAGGUGUCCCUACGCAGUGUAGCUGUGGGGGGUGAAGCGCCUCUCAGCUGGGCCCAAGCCCGCAAGGCGGGCAUCCAGGUUUCCCUUAUGCCCUUCGCCAAUGGCAGCCAUGCUUACCAGCUCCAGGUGCCCUUCAUGCACCCCCAUGUGUUUCUGGAGUAUAUCGGUGGGGGUUACAGAAGGCACAUCCUGGAAAUGGCAUUUUCCCUUGACGUUCUCCCCAGCAACGCGGCCUUUUUCCAUCAUGCCACUGUGGUGUGUGACUCGCAGGAUGCAGUUCUGCCCAAGCUUGAGGGCAAGUGCACUGACCAGGGCGUGCUGGUGCUGUUGCAUUAUGGGAACUUGGGCUCCGAGUGGGAGAUGUACAUCGACGGCCGCAGGAUGGACUGGGAGGUGGUGAAGCUGGGGGGAUACGUGGUGAAUUUGGAGGAGGAGGAGUACUUCAGCGUGGAACUGUCCAUGCACAGCCUGGGUGUGGUUUAUGAGAACAUCAGCCUGCAGGCUUUGAGGAUCAGGGUGGAAGUGAGUCUCGUGAAUGUGGAUACAGAGCUCGUGGAGCACACCUUGGUCCAGCGGUGCACCUUCCCAGUCCGGGAGUUUCUGCGUAAAUAUUACUUGUGCCUCCCAGAAGGCAGGGCAGUGGCAGUGGUGGACACGUCCCGCACCAUACCCCCUGUCAAGCCAAUGCGCACUGCCCUACUGGACCUGAGCUGCAGGCCAUCUGCAGCAGACGGCACCCGAGCCCUUUUUAACUUCUCCCUGGAUUUGUGUGGCACUAAGACGUCAAUGGAGGGGAAUCACCUAGUCUAUGAGAAUGAAGUGGUGUAUAUGGAGAGAACUGCCAGGCCCCUCCCACUCAUCCACCGGGACACUCACUUUAGUUUUUCUGCCUACAGACUCAUUCUGCAGUGUCAUUACCUGGUCAACAACAGCAUCACGAUCCACCACCUACCCACUGUCUUCCCAUCCUCAACCAGCAACCCCACACAAGGGAGCCCUGGUUAUCUCUGGAGCAAAAAGCCCCCCUCUGGCAGAGCUCAAAGAAGUGUUUUACAACAAAGGAUUGCAGACAGACCAGUCGAGAUGUCCCUGCUCAUGGUGUCGACAUUGGGGAUGGUGUCCGUCUUCCUAGGGAUCCUGGCGAUGAUCCUUUGGCUCAGGGCCUCUUGUCUUUUCAACACUUGAUUGAUGCCAAUAAAACUAAUAAAAUUGUGCAGCACA